GGAUCGCCGCCGCCAGCAAAUUAAGGCGCAGGGCAGCAAGCGCCAGCGCUCAGUGUCGGUGGCUCCGCGCCGCGCUCCCCUCGCUCGCGCCCUAGCAGCCGCGCUCGGCUGGUGGCUACCUUAGCCUGAGACAUCCCGGCUGUCCCCAGCCCCAGAGGGAGGAAGGACACGGAGGGAAUGCUCCAGGACCCCAGGACUUUGUGCAGUUGAUGCUUGUUUCCGCCUUUGGGCUGUGCAGAUUGUCGUCCUGCCGAGCGCCCCGGGGCGUGCGCACCCGCUGUAGUGCUGGGUGGGCCCUCUCCUCUCCGGCUGCCCUCGAAGUCUCUGCGGCUCUGGGGCUUUGCGGUGGGGGAUAGAGGCCAGUGUGCAGCUCUGGAGAGAUUGGAGCUGACACUUCUGGAGUCCCUGGCCCCGCUGUAACUGGUCUCGGAAACUUUGCGCUGUGUUUCGGGUCUUUGUCUCCAUUGGGGAAUCUGGACGGCAGUUCGGACGACCCAGUCCCUGGCCAGGACCGCGUGCUGGGGACCAUGGAGUUCACGACAUCGCCCAAGCCCCAACUCUCCUCCCGGGCCAACGCCUUCUCCAUUGCCGCACUCAUGUCGAGCGGCGGCUCUAAGGAGAAGGAGGCGACGGAGAACACAAUCAAACCCCUGGAGCAAUUUGUGGAGAAGUCGUCCUGUGCCCAGCCUCUGGGUGAGCUGACCAGCCUGGAUGCUCAUGGGGAGUUUGGUGGAGGCGGUGGCAGCAGCCCGUCUUCCUCCUCUCUGUGCACUGAGCCGCUGAUCCCCACCACCCCCAUCAUCCCCAGUGAGGAAAUGGCCAAAAUCGCUUGCAGCCUGGAAACCAAGGAGCUUUGGGACAAAUUCCAUGAGCUGGGCACCGAGAUGAUCAUCACCAAGUCUGGCAGGAGGAUGUUUCCGACCAUCCGGGUGUCCUUUUCGGGGGUGGAUCCUGAGGCCAAGUACAUAGUCCUGAUGGACAUCGUCCCUGUGGACAACAAGAGGUACCGCUACGCCUACCACCGGUCCUCCUGGCUGGUGGCUGGCAAAGCCGACCCGCCGUUGCCAGCCAGGCUCUAUGUGCACCCAGAUUCUCCUUUCACCGGGGAACAACUACUCAAACAGAUGGUGUCUUUUGAAAAGGUGAAACUCACCAACAAUGAACUGGAUCAACAUGGCCAUAUAAUUUUGAACUCAAUGCAUAAGUACCAGCCAAGGGUGCACAUCAUUAAGAAGAAAGACCACACAGCCUCAUUGCUCAACCUGAAGUCUGAAGAAUUUAGAACUUUCAUCUUUCCAGAAACAGUUUUUACGGCAGUCACUGCCUACCAGAAUCAACUGAUAACGAAGCUGAAAAUAGAUAGCAAUCCUUUUGCCAAAGGAUUCCGGGAUUCCUCCAGACUCACUGACAUUGAGAGGGAAAGUGUGGAGAGCCUGAUUCAAAAGCAUUCCUAUGCGCGCUCACCCAUCCGUACCUAUGGAGGAGAAGAAGAUGUCUUGGGGGAUGAGAGUCAGACAACCCCAAAUCGAGGGUCAGCCUUUACAACAUCUGAUAAUUUGUCUCUCAGCUCCUGGGUAUCAUCUUCUUCCAGUUUUCCUGGGUUUCAGCACCCACAGUCCCUGACUGCUCUUGGCACCAGCACAGCAUCCAUAGCAACACCCAUUCCUCACCCCAUCCAGGGUUCUCUGCCACCAUAUAGCCGACUGGGAAUGCCUCUGACCCCAUCGGCCAUUGCCAGCUCCAUGCAAGGGAGUGGCCCCACAUUCCCUUCAUUCCACAUGCCGCGAUACCAUCACUAUUUUCAGCAGGGGCCCUAUGCUGCCAUUCAAGGACUACGCCAUUCCUCUGCUGUGAUGACGCCAUUUGUAUGA